AUGUGGGGUGUCCUACACCUUUGUCGCUGCACUCAGUCGCUGCGGGCAGCUCAGGGCAAGCUCUCUCUAUCGCAAGUUUCUGGCAUGCGAAACAGCUUUAAUUCUACUAGUCUAGUCAGCAGACAACUUAUCACUCAAACUAAACAUAGUAAAGCAAACAGUUGGAAAGGAUUAAGGCUAAGCGAGAAAAUCAAAUCAAAUGGCCUGCUGGUCCGCUUCUGUUCAUCUGCGCCAAAGCCCAAGCGCUCCAAACUGGUGGGCUACUGGCUCCUGGGCUGCUCCGGCAUGGUGUUCACAGCUGUCGUUCUAGGUGGUGUGACUAGGCUCACAGAGUCAGGAUUAUCGAUGGUGACGUGGAAGCUCCUGGGGGAGAAGAUGCCUCGCUCUGAGGAGGAGUGGCAAAAGGAAUUCGAGAAGUAUCAACAGUUUCCUGAAUUUAUAUACAAGAACCAAAGCAUGACCCUGUCAGAGUUCAAGUGGAUAUGGUACAUGGAGUUCGCGCACCGAACCUGGGGCCGGGCGAUAGGCGCGUGCGUGUUCCUGCCGGCCGCCUUUUUCUGGGCGAAAGGGUACCUCGACAAGGGCAUGAAGGCUCGGGUCGGGGUCUACUGUGCUCUCGUGGCUGCUCAGGGUCUAAUGGGCUGGUACAUGGUCAAAUCUGGGCUGGAAGAUCGCUUCCAAGGCCCGUCGGACGUCCCGAGAGUAUCUCAGUACCGGUUGGCGGCGCAUCUGUCGUUGGCGUUCAUCCUGUACACGGGGCUGCUAGCCGGAGCCCUGCGGGUGCUCCGCCCCUUCCCGCCGGGGACGCUUAGUAAAUUGAAGGAUUUGAAGGGGGUUACAGCGUUUGCGCAUUCCGUUAAGGCUAUGGCGUUUCUGACUGCGGUUUCAGGCGCCUUCGUCGCCGGGCUCGACGCAGGGCUCGUCUACAACUCCUUUCCAAAGAUGGGCGAUCACUGGAUUCCUGACGACAUCCUGGCGUUUUCACCAAAACUGCGUAAUUUGACUGAAAACCCCACCACGGUCCAAUUCGAUCACCGCAUUUUGGGCACAACCACGUUAGCGCUGGCCACCACGCUGUGGCUGGUGGGUCGGGGCCGGCCGCUGUCUCCCGCCGCCAGGAGACUCGUCAACGGGGUCGGCGCUGUGGCAUGGUUACAGGUGGGUCUGGGCAUCCUGACGCUGCUGCAGUACGUCCCGACGGCGCUGGCCGCCUCGCACCAGUCGGGCUCGCUCGUGCUGCUGUCGCUCGCCAUCUGGCUCACGCACGAGAUCAAACUGCUCAAGUACAUACCUAAAUAA